UCUUUUUUAUUUAUUUUUCCCCUUCCUCUCUCUUUACUCUUGUUUUGUGUGUGUGUGUGUGUGUGUGGAAGGUCGGUCGAGGAAGAACUAAAGAAAGGGAUGUGAUGGAAGAGGGGAAAGAAAUUACAACCUCUUUGAAGAAACUCGAUUUGAAUUCCAAUAUUAUGACAUCUACUCCUUCCAAGUCUUCCCUCUUUUCCCCAGCCCUUCAAUCCCCUGGAUUGUUAAGCUGUCGUCGCCGUCGUCCUGGCAAGUCGAAACCUCCAAGUUUAUUGAGCUUGUGCCUCGGAGUUGUUGGCAAGAAUUUACAAGAUAUUAUUGCCCACUUGAGUGACAUUUCUAUCGCCUUUCCUCCGCAUAUUAAGAUGACAAUUGCAGCAAUUGCCAGGAGAAGGAAAAUGCUAUGUGAUGAGGUUAUCAUUCCUUUAGCUGAUACUUCCUGGGAGAUACUUGACAUUUCUGGCUCAGAAGUUACUGAUUCUGGUUUAAUAGAAGUGACCAAAACUUGUAAAUUUCUUCGAGCUGUGGAUAUAAGUCGAUGCAACAAAAUUACUGCUUCUAGUGUUUCUGUACUUGUGGAGCACUGCAAGUCCCUGCAAACAUUGAGAUGCGGAGGAUGCCCAAGGAGUGACUACACAGCACGCUGCUGCUUGACUCUGUUGAAACCAAAGCUGGAUGAUAUGGUAGGAGAUUCAUGGGAGGAACUUGACACUGCUGAAAUCAGUCAUAAUGCUGAAUCCUUGCAUUGGCUUGUGUGGCCAAAGAUUGAUAAAGAUUCACUGGAGAUCUUGGCAACUGAGUGCCCACGUAUUUCAGUAAAUCCGAAGCGGUCACCCUUUGGCUUUAGAGGAAAGGAUAUUCCCGUAGAAGCUUUUCCAGAUACUGCUCUGGAUGAUCUGUUUGUUCAGGAGAUUAAUCCCAGCACGUGGGCAGCAAACGGGAUUACAUUAAAACCUGUUUCUCCAAUUCUUUCGAACUCCAAGGAGUUGUCCUUGGCUGAAAAAUUUAGACUUGCCUUUGUGGAAAGAGAUACACGAUUAGCACCAAAGCGAGCUAAGAAUGCAAGACAGCAUCAGCGUCGCUCAGACAGGGAGUGGAUGACGAUGAGUGCUGAAUCAAAGGCCAUAGUCCUGGCCUCUCAAGUGAGCAAAUCCCUGCAUGGUAGGAACUAAAGUUCAGCACAUCCCAACAGUCUGCAUCACCCUAGAGGAACCGACCAGCUUCUGUCAGCUCUAUAGUAUUCAGUAGUUGAUUGUAGCAUACUAGGUAAAAUAUUUUGAUUUGAGUAACAGGAGUAUUUGGCUUAUCAGAACCAAGUUUUGGUUCUCAUGUGAUACAAGGAUGAAUGGAAUUGUUAAAGGGUCAUGAUUGAGUGACCUCAAGAUCUUUGAAGAAUUAUAAACUAUAUGAUUGUGGGUUGGAAAA